CCUUGGCGUCACCUUGUUCAAUGUCUCCCUGCCAGCGCAGGUACCAUCCUUGGGUGUAUGUUCACCAUCAGAUUCACCCUACGUGCCUACUUUCUUGCAACAAGAAUCAUACUACCAACCACUACAUCACCAGCUUCCGCCACCGCGUUCAGCAAUCCGGUAUCCCCAGACCCCUUCAGGAUAUUCUACACUUCAAACUCCCUCACAGCCUUCACCGUAUCAGCCUCAUCGCCCGCUGAGCGCACAAUACCCCCCAUUAGCCACCACCACUCCUUUAUCUCGUGAUGCUUCGGUGCCCAAGCCUGUCUAUUGCACUCCUCAAGUCUGUCC